AUGGCAAAAAUAAUGAAACUCUUUUUAAUUUUCGUGUUGGUUAUAUCAUUAGUUGAAUCGACCUUGAUUCCACGUCAAACGGAGAACGGUGAUGCAUGUGCGAGAAUAAGUGUUGAUUAUAAAAAAUCUAAAGGGGAUCCAAGUUUUAGCGCAAAAUAUUCUGACGUGAAAGAAUGCUUAGAUUCGAUUCCUUAUAACAGAGAAUUAGCCGAAAAAAUAAUCGAAAAUGUGAAGAAGACGCUUCAAGGGUUUUACGUGUUUCUUUCGCAAGCCAAAGAGGAACCUCAACCAGGGUUUUCGUUUAAGGCAGUUGAUUUGAUUAAAGAGCUAGAUGCACUAUUAUUAAAGGACUAUACGUCGGAUUAUCGAUUCAUGACAGAUAUAAACAAUCUGUUUUCAGAACUAAAAGAUGCACAUCUAAAUUUUAUAUCACUUUGUUACAAUCAUUUCAUUUUUAAACAACAACUUUAUUUAUAUUCAGUAAUAAAUAAAGAUGACAUACAGAUAAUCAAAAUCUUUGAUGAUGAAAUCGAUCAUAGUACGGUCGAUUGUGAAGUGACACACAUAGAUGGAAGACCUUCGAUGGAAGUUAUUAAAGAAUUUGCGGAUACCAUUAAUAAAUCAAAAGAUGCGGGUGCGAGAUUUAAUAUAGCAUUGACAGCAUUGAAAAUUAAUGAGAAUGGCGGUCACAAUAUAAGUUCAAGUAAAUUCACAAUUAGAAAUUCUCUUCCAGAGAAAUCAUCAAUAGAUUAUUCUCUCACGGGAGUAGUGGUUAUCCCAAAUGUCAUGCCUUCGGAUUCAGAUUUUGUUAAUCAAAUGUUUGAAUUACAAAAAGGAUUCAAAUUAUUAGAAGAUAAAGGAGUGCAAAAACUCAUAUUUGACUUUAAUGAAAAUGGAGGUGGAUAUGUGGAUUUAGCAUUAUUUUUUGUUUUUUUAUUAUUCCCAAAUUCAAGUCCAUCGUUCCACAAUGAUAUGGUGGUUAGCGAAUUAUCACGCGCAUUAUUCGACGCGGCAACAUCACGAUCCAUACAUGAAAAUUCUAUCGAUACAACAGUUAUUACACCUCCACCAAGUUUCAGCAUUGAAAGUUUGACAAGAUGGGCUGUUGAUACAGCAAAUGAAGUAACUGACUCAUCCUCAAAUUUUGACAUAUUCGCUUUUAAAGACCCAUUGGCGGAUCGUCAUUUUCACACAGUCGAAGAAUUUAUUGGAAAUAAUACAUUUGUAAGAGGUGGAACUCCUACUCGAUAUACAACAAAAUUUGUAGAUAGACACUCGCAAAAAAUCAAUAUAUUAACUAAAUUGUUGGCAGGAAAUUUCAAAGAAUAUAAAUGGAUGAGUGAGGAUAUGAUUAUACUAACAAAUGGGAAUUGUGGUUCAUCAUGUUCAUUAAUUACACAACGAAUGGCGGAAAUGUUCAACGUUAAAACGGUUGGGGUUGGUGGUUAUAAAGAUACGCCUUUAUCUUACGCCUCAUUUCCAGGUGGUAUGGUUUAUUUAGAUCAUGCGUUAAAUAUAGAGUUGGAAGGAUUAGAGUUGUUUAAAAAUGAAACGUUAAAAGAUUCAUUACCUUCUCCAUUUAAUAAUACAGUUAUCAUGAGUUUUACUUUAAGGGAGGUUUACGACGUUAAUGAUGAUCGUGUGUUAGAAUUUACUUAUAAACCUGCUAAAUAUCGAUUAUAUUAUGAUGAACAAAGUGCAAGAGAUCCUAGUAAAUUAUGGUUAAAAGUAGCUAAGAUUUUCGAACAAUAG